GGCGGACGCUAGGAGGCUUAGGUUUCAGUAAUUGGGGCGGUGGCUGUUCUGUUAUCGCCAUUCUGAGUUCACGAGAGUACAAGGCUCUUCAUUAUGCUAUCCACUCAUAACCCGAGGGCAGCUCAGGCGUCACGGCUGAAUUUGUCCUCGGCCCUCACAAUUUGCAAUUUUUUGUGUUGAUUUAGUUGAGAGUUGCCAAGUAGGAUCAUGUCUCUUCACGUCCUUGCUGUAGGAUGUCACCCAGACCGGGCGUCAAGACUAGCUGGCAAGCGAGAAUGGAAGGUUAAGAGGGGGCAGAUAAGUAGGGUGGCUAUGUAUUAAGGCUGUCUCAUCCACCUCCCUUCCUGACGACUACCUUCUGUGUUUUGAAUUCCAAGCAACUCGGCCACAUUUUUGAGCUCAUUAAUGGCCAAUAUGUUCGAAGAUAAAUUGAACAGACCCCACCAAUUGGAAUGGCUUGCAGAUCUUCACAAAUCGCAAUGUUUCACCACUAGUGCAACAACAAACCCAGCCAUAUCCAGUGACCUGGGUGUCGAUGGCUUCACAGCUUCCCUCACCAGUCACGGCAUGCUCUUACAAAUCACUGCCCCAGACCCCCACUGCGGUCUGGUCUUCGUGCGGGGCAGAUUUGCGAACAACGCGGGAUCCAUCCUAGCCCGAGCACAAGGCUCUAUUUACCGUCAGAGCAAAGACCUUUUUGGUGCUCGUCUCGCCAGUGCUAAACUCGAUGAAGAUGUCCAAUACGGCGAGAAGAAGGCCCAGGGAUGGGUCAACUUCCGUUGGCCAUAUGUACAAUAUGAGCUGAGAAAGAAAAAUCCGUCGUUGGACCGAACGAUUGGUUUGUAUGAGCAGAUCACAUUUAUUAGAAAUGGGGUAAUAUUCCAAGCUAUCAGACUCAAAUGGGGACGUGAGAAUUCCAUUUCUGACAAUGGAGAUGAUGGCGAAGACACGUCUAAUAUGAUAACCAUCAAUCUUCAAACGGGUGGGCGCGUGCGAUUUGGGUGCCCCUGCUCAGCUACUCAACCACAUACCGCGGACAGCUUCGAGAUCAAAGUUGGGCACACACAAAGUAAGACACUGAGAUGUGAGAGUAGCAAAUAUGAAAAACAACUUGAGACGCAGUUGUUUGUCAACGGCAUUCUUGACGACUUUGCUGGGCAGAGGCCGAGAACAAUAGAGACUGUCGAAGCAGCAGAUAUUACCACAAUACACUCAGUAGAAGUGUCUAUUGGGCAACCGACCUAUAUCGUUUCUGCACUCGCCCUACGUAAUAAAGGUGACGACUGCCUCAGUACGCUAGACGUAGCAUUUUCUGACAUUGAGGACUAUUUGGGUGUCUGUUCGGGGUCAAUUCGUAUGACUGAUAGGCUUUGGACGGGUUUAUGCUCACCUAAUUACGAAGAUGGAGAAGCCGUUGAGCUUUGUGCAGUUGGUAGAUGUGUAGAGCAGAUUCUGGGAGUUGCGGCAUUACCGCAUUACAUGGACAGUUCCAGAGCAUACGGCGGCAGGGAACACAUGCAGGGCACUCAAAUGACCAGUGGUGUCUAUAGAGGUUCCGGAAUCGCCCUGGUGCAAACCAUCAUGACGCCGCAGUUUGUCGACGUGCAGUCAGCAUUCUUCCAAAUUCGAUUUCUAGUCAAAGCACACAAUUUCAUCUCCACGAGAUAUCUAGGAAAAGAUUUACUCGAGACUGAAAUGCCGAUCCACGAAAUUAAGGAGUACUAUCUGAAUAAAAUACGUUACGUACUUGGAGGAGCUAUUCACUGGCUUGUCAACACGGAUUUCAAGAGUAGCAGGCUUCUAUUGGGAAUCAGCGCCAAAGAGAACGAUGAGUCAAAAUCCAUCCCGCCGCCGCGACUCACAGAAUGCGAGCAUGACAGGGCUGAUGCCAGCUUCGAUCGGGACUACAAUCGCAGUUGUUAUGCAACGAUAGCUGUGUGGUAUGUAAUGAAACAUUGUGGCGCUGCUGUAUCAGAAACGUUCAAAACAAAAGUUCUUAUCCCGAAGCUAGCCUUGGCAUAUCAAUCAGUCCAGUCCCGAGCGAUCCGAGAUCAAGAUUCGACAUCAAAAAACGACAUAUUACAGUGGUACCACAUGAGUACUUUGUUUUUGAUAUGUAGUCAGGCCCUUGCAGUGAGCCCUAAUGGCCUGCCAGUCGACCCAUUUGGCAUGGCUGGGGUGAAACGUGAAGAUUUGCUGCACACUCAACAGCGCUUCCAGAAAUAUGCAUCGAGACUCAAAGGCAACAAGGGUAAAUACUACUCCCCCAGACAUGAGGAGCUGGACCGCAUCGUCUUGCUUGGAGAGGAGUUGGAUCUUCAAUCUAUCGGCGACAAUAUUGCUGCAGCUGCUGCGAUUGCGCAGAUCAAGUCGCGUGCAGAUCAGACCCGGGCACGUCUCGAGGCUAGAACCCGCACAGGAAGGUUCAAUCAAGGCCCUACAGCGCGGAACGCUCGGUAUGAACCACUGAAUAGUCCUUGGGAAUUGCUAUGUACGAAUCACGAGCUCUACCUGCGAACAGCGCCCAAAAGUAGUACAGAAAGUGCCCGGAACAGGGUAUUCCAGUUCAUGACUUCUGACUAUUCAUUUAUGGCGUCUUGGGACAGAUCGGAUGGUGAUAUGGUUGCUAAGUGGUGGGACUUCGAGCCAAGCGCUAUUGUUUGCGCAACUAUACUUGAUUUGAAAACCGAAGGAAAGCUGCCUUCAGCAGAUAUGAUUGUUAAACGACAUGAAAAUCGAAUGAUGCCUGUCGAGAUUAUUACUGAAAACACGAUGAAAUUUUUUCGGAACACCAACGAUUUGGAAAUGCCGUUUGACUGGACCAUAUUUAAGCCUAGGAAUGAAUUUCACUCUCAUUGGUGGACGCACUCACUUGACGAUACACCAGAGGUUUACGAAGUCAAACAAACGAAGAAUGUUGACGAACAAAAGAACAUCAUCCACUAUCUUCAAGACCGUGACAGGGACAACACGAUUAUUGAAGAUUCUGUGUACUCGGAAAUGAAUAUCAACACGAAGAUCAAACCUAAAGAUUUGCUGGCGCUGAGCUGCUUUGAUUUGUGUCAUACGGAUCAGGCUGAUCUUUUGCUACGUGACAUCACAAGUUUGGCGAACCCAAGCAAUCCACAGGUCGAGGCGCAUUAUCAGACUAUGAUACUGAAGUUGCGUGAUAGUCUUGUCGACCUGGACGUAAAGCAUCGAAUCCUUUUCGCUAGUAAAGUCACGCCGGCGCUCGUCGGUGCUACGUUGUAUCUUUGGCAUCCGCAGGCCCUGAGUGCAUUCGAUGACUAUUUCGGGCCAAACUCGCGAUUUAUGGAUAGUCGCGAGGGAAUGUCGUGGACAACAAGCAUAAACAUUUCGCAUUGGCUCAUUUCAGAGGGCUCGAUUGAUAGUAUUUGGGAAAACAGUUUCCAUGAAGGUAGAAACUAUGGUAACUUCCCCCCUGACACGAUUCCUGUAAUAGCAGAGCUUCAGAAGGAAUGUAUACUCGAGGAGCGGUCAUCGUUGCUGGUAUUUACAGGCGACUCAUUGGGCCACUUGUGGAUAUGUUCCAUGUGGAGCUCACUCGUCGAACCUGAUGCCCUACGGGCUGUUGUUGCUGGGGACAUCCGCCGAGUUCAACAGAUAUUCAUACAUCAGCAGAGUACUGGGAGAUGUCUUGUUUUCCUCAUCCUCCUUGGUCAUAUAUGCGAGAAUCUAGCUGUUGAGUACGAAAGAAUCUUAAAACGCCUUGGGCUAGUGGUCGGUCUUGGAGAAGAAGUGCUGCUACGAGGCAUUGAUUGGGCUUCCACACAGACCCUAGAACGGCUCAAAAAGAUGCUUUGGGGCCUUGAGGCUCUACGGGCUUUUGACGAGCGGCUUUCAGCUUCAAUCCACCAGAUCGAACGAGCAACCGAGGCGUUGGGCCGUAGUGCUGCCAAGGAAUCAAGUAAUCAGGUUACGGAUCUGCUACAUGAAUAUCAGCAGACUCUCGAUGAGUUCACUAGACGAUUCGAUAUGCUUUCGGAUGUCGAUCUGAGAACAAAAUUAAAAAUAAAACAAGUCAUCAGCCUUCGCGAUGGUAUAUCGACCGUCACAAAUGUUGCAGACAGCAGAGCAGCACUUGAAACCGCACGAAUUACAGUAAAUCAGGGUAAAAAUAUCAGAACGCUGACAUAUAUCACUGUAGCAUACUUGCCUGUGGGGUUUGUCACGGGGUUGUUUUCUGUGUCGCAUGCGCCGUUUAUGGACAGUGCGGGCAACCUUGCCUUUGCACUUCUUAUGACGAUCACCAUACUGGUCACCUAUAUGAUCGCGCUCUUUCUGCAAAACGUCAUUGAUCAAUGGCCGAAUGUGUCUUGGCAGAAGCGGAAACCGAGCAAUGGUGUUGGUUUCGUGGGUGUGUAGUCAUUUCCAAAUUGACUACCAAAAUGAUUUAUAUUCACAAAUGGAGUUAGUGAGGUGGAUGAUUUCCAUAGUUGUUUCGGAAAAUCACCAAACCCUGUUUCCUGUUGUUCUGCUCGAAUUAAUCCCACUGCUACCAUUCUGAAGCAGAGUGCACUGCCAAACAGGAGUUAUCCAACUUUGAGGAUUCUAUGUUCACAAAUACAGCAUGUUAUGCUCAUCAACCGUUCUUGCUAAAGAAGGCUGAUUCUAUCCAUAAGUGGUGUCUCUAGCAUGUGUUGCUCGCUUGACGAACUACGCUCUCGGAUAAGCGAGUUUGAACAGCA